UUCUCACCGCGCUAUGGCCAGCACCGAGAGUCUGGACGGUAGUGCCUUCGAGGGCGACAUCUCGCAAGUGCCCCAGGUGGGUCACCUGAGCACCGAGCCCCAGGAGCUGGAGUGUCCCGCCUGCCAGGAGCUCCAAACCACACGCGUGGAAUUGGAGGCGGUCACCGUUCUACAGAAGAUUGCCUGCACCCUAAAUGUGCUUCUCUGCUGCAAUCCCAUUCGCUGGCGUGGAAGACAUGAUGUCAAUCAUUAUUGCAGCUCUUGUGGCUGCUUCAUAGGACGCAACAUCACCCUCAGUUGGUACAAGCGGACUCUGUUCCGCCUCCAAAGCGGUGAAGUGGAGGACAAUGGACGCUGGCAAAGAUUCCGGAAGGUAGAAAAAGAGCAACUAGACGAGAAGAAGCUGGGCAAGCAACGUAAGGCUCUGGAAUCAAAGUUGGCUAAUGAGAAUUAA